AUGAAGCCCCAGGAAGAAAAGCCGAGUAGUGCAAGUCGUCUUGGUGGUGGUAGAAGGGAAAGUGGGAGUUGCGCGCCCCGUCACACCGCAUGUAUGAUGCUAGGCAGGCCCAGCGUGCUUCUUUUAGCCAUCAUCAAAGCCCGGCUUUCAACGACCCAGCUGCUCACACAAACUGCGCUCUGGCAACAAGAGUCGUUCCUUUCCAAAGCCGUCGUUGACAUGGCGGUGGGCGGGAAGAAGGCGUGGUUGGCGCUCAGGGACGUAACUUACCAGGACGGAUCAACCGCAACAACGCUGAUACACCCAACACCGAUAACCAACACCCAAGAGGGGGGUUGGAGAGUGCAGGCAAGCAGCUGGGUGCAGGCUUGCGGAGAGUUCCAAGGAAUGAUCUUUGGACAAAUAUCGAACUGUGGGAACGGCCGAUCAGAGACGGACAAGGAGCUCAAGUCUCCCAUCCUCGUUCUCCAACACCACAACUACAGGUUGGGCUUCAUCGUCGGAAUUCGAACCUCUCCUAAACCCAAGCUACACCAUCGCACACAAGGAACGACCAACGUCCACGACAUUGAUCAUUUCAACUCGAUUCAAAACUCGGCCGACAUUGCGUCUACUCAUUCCGAAGUCCAGGUCAGAUAG